AUGCCGUCCGACAAGAAAAAGAUCAUGUCCAUGUCCAAGUCCAAGUCCAAGUCUAAGUCCAAGUCCAAGUCCAAGUCCAAGUCCAAGUCCAAGAAGAAGAAGAGUGCGUCAAAGUCCAAGUCCAAGAGGAAGCGAUCCAAGCAAACACCGUUUGCUGCCAUCGCCGAUGAGUUCACCUCGUUCACCCAAGUCCAGGAGGAGCUCCGCAAGCGCGGCCUCGAGUCGUCGUCGCUCAUCGUAGGCAUCGACUUCACCCAGUCGAACUUGACCCAGGGGAGAUCGUCGUUUGGAGGCCGCUCGCUGCACGAUCUCGUGGACGACUCUAACCCGUACCUGGACGCCAUCGAGGCUGUUGCCCUCACCCUCGAGGCAUUUGAUGACGAUGGCCUCAUCCCGUGCUUUGGCUUUGGCGACGCGAGGACCCGCGGCUCGGCCGUCUUCUCGCUCAAGCCCAACGGCGAGCCGGCCGAUGGCCUCGCUGAAACUGUUGACGUCUACCGGGAGGUGGCCAAGACCGUCAAGCUCUCCGGCCCGACCUCGUUUGCCCCGCUCAUCGACGCCGCCAUCGAGGAGGUCGUCGAGUCAGGUAACGAGUUCCACAUCCUCCUCAUCCUUGCCGACGGCACCGUCUCGCCGGGCGUUCCCUACAACGAGACCGUCGAUGCCAUCGUCCGCGCCUCCGACUACCCGCUCGCCAUCGUCGUCAUCGGCGUCGGCGACGGUCCCUUUGACACCAUGCACCACUUUGAUGACAACCUCCCGCAGCGCGCCUUUGACAACUUCCAGUUCUGCGCCUUUGAUGACGUCCUCCGCACACACAAGAAUGCCGCAAACGCCGCCGCUGCCUUUGCCCUCCACACUCUCAUGGAAAUCCCGCAGGUCUUUACCUACGUCUCCGAGAACGCCAUCCUCAACAAGCGCCUCUCGUCAAAGUCCGUCGCCCGCCUCCGACGUCGACUCGCCGUCCAAAUCCUCGAGCCGCCCACCGCGCCGCUCCCGCUCUCGAUCACCGCCGCCGUAUCCCUCGUACUCAUCCUCCGAUGA